GCGCCCGGCGCCGUCCAAACGCGAGACCGCCGCUCCGGAGCGCUCCGCACCGGCGGCAGACACCGACGCAAGAUGGCGGACGCCGCCCCGCCGCGCGCCGCACUGGCCGGGGGGCGGGGCCCGCGGUUCCCAGCAGCCUGUGCGCGGCACGGGACGGCGCUGCCCGGCGGGCGGGAAGGCGCUGGGGCGGUGAGGGAGCCCCGCGUCCCCGGCGCCGCCGCCAUCGCCAUGGUGCUGUGCGACGUGUGCGGCCGGGCCCUGCCCUCCGAGGCGGCGGCCGGGCGGCACCCGCGGCGCCCGUCCCUGUGCCGCCGCCAGCCCCGCUGCCCGCUCUGCGCCGCCGCCGUGGGCUGCGACGAGCUCCGGCGGCACAUGGAGACGGCCCACCCGGAGCCGGGCCCGCCGGGCUCCCGCCGCCCCGGAGCACCGCCCGAGUGCCCGUUCUGCGGGGAGGCGGCGGGGCGGGAGCUGGAGGAGCACGUCAGGGCGCGGCACGGGCACCUGCUGGGCGCCCCGGGCACGGACACAGGAAAUGGUGAACAGCUGUAUGAAUGUCCUAUGUGUAGUCUUACCUGUACAAACAUUCAGAUUCUUGAAGAACAUGUGGAUUUACACUUAGAGGAACAUAACUUUUCAGAAGGUGGAAACAUCAGAGAUCUAGAACUGGCUCAGCAACUCCAAACUGAAGAAGAUGAACGGCAGAGAUCAGAAGAAGAGAAGCGAGAGAGAGAAGAAUUUAAAAAGCUGCAGAGACAGUAUGGCUUGGAUAAUUCUGGUGGCUUCAAGCAGCAAUUUCUAAAGAAUAUGGAAAGAGAAGUUGAUAGAGGAAGGAUGCAGCCCUUUGAAUAUCAUAAGAGAAAAGCUGACAUGAUGGAAAGUUUGGCCUCUGGUAUAGAUGAUGGGAGAACAAAGACAUCAGGAGUCAUUGAAGCAUUGUGCAAGUACUAUCAGAGUGAGAACAAAGAUGUGAGGCGUGUGUGGCUUUCAGCAGGAGUAGAUCACUUCCACUCAUCUUUGGGUGACAGAGGCUGGGGUUGUGGUUACAGGAAUUUCCAAAUGCUCCUUUCCUCGCUGUUGCAAAACAGCUUCUACGACGACUGCCUGAGAGAUACUACACUAAUUCCUAGUAUCCCAAAGAUUCAGUCCAUGAUUGAAGAUGCCUGGAGAGAAGGUUUUGAUCCUCAUGGGGCAUCUCACUUCAACAACAGAUUACAUGGUUCCAAAGCAUGGAUAGGAGCAUGUGAAAUUUAUUCACUGUUAACCAGUCUCAGGAUAAAGUGCCAAAUCAUUGACUUCCAUAAACCCACUGGCCCUAUGGGUACACACCCUCGCUUGUUUGAGUGGAUUUUGCAUUACUAUUCUACAGAUAACGAAGGUGGUGCAAAAGUCGUGUGUACUUCCAAACCACCUAUCUACUUGCAACAUCAAGGUCACAGUCGUACUGUUGUUGGAAUAGAGGAGAAGAAGAAUAAAAGCUUAUGUUUACUACUGUUUGACCCAGGAUGUUCUUCCCAACAAAUGCAGAAACUGCUGAAACAAAACAGUGAUGGAACUGGUCUCAGACUACUUCGGAAAUUUGUGGGUAGCCUAAAAGAAAAGCAAUAUCAGAUAGUGGCUGUAGAUGGGGUGCUCUCUUCAGAAGAGAAAGCUGCUCGCUGCCGUGCUUCUCAGGUCUUAACAUCAGAGAAGAUUCCUUAAAGGAUACCUUUGUAACCUGCUUCUGAAACUUGCUGGGUGCAGAACACUGAACUUCUGGUCUGUGACCCUAACCAACAAUUUUUAGACUUAAACAGUGCCUCCAUAAAUGCUUGGGAGCUCUGGGAAAGCACAACACUGGAGUAAACCUGUAGUUUUUGUGUUCAGUCAAAACUCUGGCAUCCUGAAACAAAUGUAACUCUGAAGUAUUGCCGUCCUUGUCUCGCUAGAAAAUGUGUUAUUUUCUUAGUUGCUUCAAAUUAGCAACGCCUGCUGUCUUGUAGCAAAUUAUGCCCUCUUGGUAAUGAGCAGUGGAUAAAGAUACUAUGGAGCUACUUCACUGGAGUUCCUGGUCAUGGUUUACCUUUGUAAAUGUGUUUAUGCUGCCACUGUGACCAGUCCUCUGUUUCUUUACAAUUCAGUCUGAUGCACCAGGGAUUGGUUUACUAGUAAACUUAUUUUCAAUUAGCUGGCUUCUCUAGAUGUAUCACUUGAAUACAUGUGCUUAGGAGCUGGAUCAGUGUUGCCGUUGGCUAAGAGGUCUAAGAAAGCGGUGUCCAAAAUGGAGUGUGUGUGAUUUAUGUGCUGUUCAAGACAAUCCUUUAGGGUAAAGGAAGAAAAUACUCCUUUUGUACCAUGAAUGAAUCAAAUUAAUGUAUUUUUAAAA